AUGUUCUACAGCGCAAUCUUGCUGGCGAGUGGAGUUUGGGACAAAAACAUAUACGCCCCGGCAUCACGGACAGUCCGACCUGUCUCGACUCUAAAAGAGCUGAAAAAUAACGCCAGUACGAUUUCUUCUCAUGUAACGGAUGUGACCUUCCACGGCAAUGGAUCACGCGUUGUAUUCGACUUCGAAAAAGAAGUAGGCGGCAUCAUCCACUUGCAAUACACAUCCGAUGGGAAUGGCGCGUUAGGCCUUGCCUUCACGGAAGCCAAAGACUGGAUCGGAGAAUGGUCCGACUCUUCCAGUGCAAUGUACCAUGAUGGCACUCUCUAUUCGAAUUUUUCGUCUGCGGGAAAUCACUCCUACACGAUGCCCGAUGAGUACCUCCGCGGAGGAUUCCGAUAUUUGACCCUUUUCCUCAUCACCAAUGACUCUACAAACGUGCAUCUGCAAGAUGUCAGUCUUGAACUUUCUUUCCAACCUACUUGGUCAAAUCUCCGCGCGUAUCAGGGGUAUUUCCACAGCAGUGACGAACUCUUGAAUCGCAUCUGGUACAGUGGAGCCUACACGCUGCAGACGAAUGAGGUUCCGGUGAACACGGGUCGAGUCACGAAUGGUGUGACGCAUGGAUGGUUAAAUAAUGGUACUCUCGGACCAGGUGAUACGAUUAUUGUUGAUGGUGCGAAGCGAGACCGUGCUGUUUGGCCUGGUGAUAUGGGCAUCGCGGUUCCGUCGGCUUUUGUGAGCCUGGGGGACUUAGAUAGUGUGAAGAAUGCGCUUCAGAUUAUGUAUAACACUCAGGAUAAAUCGACAGGUGCUUUCGAUGAGUCGGGACCUCCGCUUAGCCAGAAAGGGUCAGAUACCUACCAUAUGUGGUUGAUGAUUGGCACACACAACUACGUGCUAUACACAAAUGAUACAGCUUUUCUGCAAAAGAAUUGGGAUAGAUAUGUUCUGGCUAUGGAGUUCAUCCACGGCAAGAUGACCUACCUUAGUGGUCUUUUGAACGUAACAGGAACUCGAGACUGGGCCCGAUGGCAGCAAGGAUACAAUAACACAGAGGCUCAAAUGAUUCUUUACCACACUCUCAAAACUGGUGCCGAGUUAGCGACAUGGGCAGGCGACACAACCAACCUCACAAACACCUGGAACGCGAGAGCUGAAUCUUUGAAAACAACCAUCAAUAACUACUGCUGGGAUGAAUCUUACGGGGCAUUCAAGGACAACGCAACAGAUACAACCCUUCACCCCCAAGACGCAAACAGCAUGGCCAUCCUCUUCGACGUUGUCGACUCAGACCGCGCAGCAGGAAUAUCAGAGAAGCUCACGAAAAACUGGAUCUCAAUCGGAGCAGUCUCACCCGAACUCCCAGAAAAUAUAGUAUCUUUCAUCUCAUCAUUCGAAAUCCAAAGCCACUUCGUCGUCCGAAAUGCCACCCGAGCUCUAGACCUGUUACGUCGCAGCUGGGGCUGGUACCUGAAUAACCCCAAUGGCACCGAGAGCACGGUGAUCGAGGGGUACCUGGCAAAUGGAACCUUCGGGUACAGGAGUAGUCGGGGAUAUGGCUAUGAUGCUUCGUAUGUCUCGCACUCCCAUGGUUGGUCAUCUGGCCCCACAUCGGCGUUGACGGAGUACAUUGUUGGUCUUUCGUUGACUUCUCGGUUGGGUGAGACUUGGAAGAUUGCGCCUCAGUUUGCGGAUUUGGAGUAUGCUGAGGCUGGGUUCGUUACUUCUCUUGGGAAGUUUCAGGCAUUUUGGAGGAGGGAGGACGGUGGGUAUGUGUUGAGCUUCUCGGUUCCGAAGGGCACAACGGGGGUUUUUACGUUGCCGUUUGUAACGUCCAAAAGGCCGUCAGUUUCUCUGGGUGGAAGGAAGAUAUCAAAGGGUUUGAUUUAUGGAGAGGAUACUAUCGAGUUUUCGGUGGAGGGUGGGUCCGACAAGGUUGUACUCAGUUAG